CCUGCCACUGUCCGCACAUGACUGGCCUUUUCACCACGGACUAAGAACACGAUAUUUCGUUGCGACGAGUCGAUAUUUGCAUUUUCUAGCAAAAAGACGCGGUCUACGCCGUACUGUUGGAGUUCGGAGAACUUGACGAACAAGCCGACUGGACCCGCCAGCUCCUGACUGAUAACAAGGUUCUUCUUCCCGCGAGCCUACACGCCAUUAGAAGAAGCCUAGCAACGUGAAUGUGGUACUCACGCCUUCAAGCAGGGCCAGCAGAUCCCUGCGGGCCUUGUCUCUGCAGUGGUCGGCGUCUCCCAGGGGCGCCAUUGCUGAGGUGGCUGUGGCAGGCAGCAAACAAGACCCAAAAAUAACCAAAACUCGCGGGGAGGCGAAGGUGCCCGGUUAAGGACUAGCGCCACCACUGACGCUGAGUCAGCCGUAUCUGUCCUGUCACAUGCCUGCCACUUCCAUUGACUGCGUUCACAAUUUGGUAGUGUUAUUUUGGUCACCGGGUUACACCAGAACCACCGCCGGUCUCGACUGCCUGAAGCUCCCCUGAAGCGCCUUCAAUUUCUCGUUGAAACACAUUCUCUCCUUCGUCAUCCCCUCCUUAGACAAAACAAAGGCGAUACCUUCGAUCGAGUUGCCUUUUGCACUGUUCCUUUUCACUUGAUUUCCUCGACCUUCAAGUUCACCGUCACACCUCAACAUGGGUCUCUUCAAAAAGUCUGGCGACGACGGCGACGACUCUAACCGCCGAGCCCUGUUCGGCUCUCGAUCGAAGAACAAGAGCCCUGCGCAGGCAUCCAACCCUUACGCUCAACCAGCUCACAUCGACCCCUACACCAAGGCCAAGAUCCAAGCUGGCGUUGUGCCGCCCCCGGCCAAUUACCAGGGGGGCAACGGAUCCCCCGCCCCCGCGGGAGGACCCCACGCCAUUCCAUCCGAUAACAAGUACUCCGGCUACACGCCGAACCGCUACGGCAACCAGGGCGGAUAUGGCAGCGAUCGAUACGGUAGUGGGAGCGAAGGCGCUGGCGCCUCGCGCUACGGCACGGGUGGCUAUGGAGGAUUAGGCAGCGCCGAUCCCAAUGAUCCCGGUGCCGGCGAUGCUGCUCGCAGUGAACUUUUCGGCGGCGCUAAGGAUCGUGCGCAACAAAAUCAGGGCAGCGCACCGCCUCCCUACUCGCCGGGCCAGGAGGGUGGUCAGGGGGAUAACUACGGUGGCGGCAGCAAUGAGUACAGCAUGGCCACCUACCAGGACCGGCAACUCACAGCCGAGGAGGAGGAGGAAGAAAACGUUCAGGCUACCAAGCAAGAAAUGCGGUUCGUCAAGCAGGGCGAUGUGGCAUCUACGCGAAAUGCCCUUCGUGCUGCUGCAAUGGCUGAGGAGACCGGACGCACGACGCUCGCUCGUCUCGGUGCCCAGGGUGAGAUGAUCCACGGUGCGGAGAAGAACCUCGACAUGGCCGCGGUCGAGGGUCGUCUAGCCCAGGAGAAGGCGCGCGAAUUGAAGACCCUGAAUAAGAGCAUGUUCGCCGUCCACGUUUCCAACCCAUUCACCAGUGCCUCGCGCCGACGAGAACGUGACGAGCGCACUCUCAACACCCACCGCGAGGAACGUGACCUCCGCGACGGCACCCGCUCCGAAGCCUACCAGACAAACGCACGCAUGGAGAAGGUGUUCCGCGACAUUGACCGAGAGGCAGUCAAGCAAGGCAAGGGCAAGAAGGCUAGUGUCACCGAGCGCGCCAAGUAUCAGUUCGAGGCCGACAGUGAAGACGAGGCUAUGGAGGACGAGAUCGAGCAAAACUUGGAUCUCCUGAGCGGUGCCGCUGGCCGGCUGAACGGUCUUGCCAAGGCCACUGGCCGUGAGCUGGAUGAGCAGAAUAGACAUCUGGAGCGUAUCACAGGCAAGAGCGACUACGUCGACGAUCAAAUUGCCAUGAACCGGGCCAAGCUGGACCGUAUUCAUUAAUCUGGAUCCCCAGUAUACGGAGCUGGAAAAUGCCUGGUGCUGCGCAGCUCGUUAAUCAUCAUUUUACUUGUGAAUUGGCCUGUCAUUCAUGGAUAAAGAUCACCCCCUCGGCGUUUGGGCUCUCUACUUUCCCCCCUGCUGCGGUGUGAAACUAAAGCAGGAUCUUGAAUUUUGUAAUUUAGACUAUGGAUUUAGUAUCAUAAUUGCGACUUUUCUUUCUCGUCAUUCUUGUCUUUCCACC